CAAGAGCAUGGCUCUGUUGGCCUCCGCGUCGCGCCGCCUCGCCGCCCGGGCCGCCCGCCCGGGCCCGAAGAAGUUCAGCAGCCUCGCGGCCCUCGGCGAGGAGCACCAGCAGAUCCGCGACGUCGCGCGGGCCUUCGCCGAGGAGCGGCUCUACCCCAUCGCCGGCGAGGUGGACCGGCUCCACCGCUACCCCGGCGAGGUCGUGUCGGAGCUCGGGGAGAUGGGCAUGAUGGGCAUGAUGGUCGAGGAGGCCCACGGCGGCGGCGACAUGGACGCCCUGUCCUACGCGGUGGCCCUCGAGGAGGUGAGCCGGGGCUGCGCGAGCACCGGCGUGAUCAUGUCCGUGAACAACAGCCUCUACUGCGCGCCCGUCCGCGCCAACGGCGACGAGGCCCAGCUCGCCGAGUUCCUCGCGCCCUUCGCCGCGGGCGAGAAGCUCGGCUGCUUCGGCCUCAGCGAGCCGGGCAACGGCAGCGACGCCGGCGCGGCGUCGACGACGGCGCGCGACGACGGCGACGCGUGGGUCCUCAACGGCACCAAGGCCUGGAUCACGAACGCCCACGAGGCCGACGCCGCCGUCGUCUUCGCGACGACGGACAAGUCCCUCAAGCACCGGGGCAUCUCCGCGUUUCUUGUGGACACGAAGGCCGAGGGCUUCUCCGUCGGCGCCGCCGAGGACAAGCUCGGCAUCCGCGGGUCGUCGACCGCGAACCUCAUCAUGGAGGACUGCCGCAUCCCCAAGUCCUGCCUCCUCGGCGAGCGCGGCGACGGCUUCAAGAUCGCCAUGCGGACGCUCGACGGCGGCCGCAUCGGCAUCGCGGCGCAGGCGCUAGGCAUCGGCCAGGCGGCGCUCGACGUCGCCGCGACCUACGCGGCGGACCGCACGGCCUUCGGCAAGCCGCUGACGAAUUUGUACGCCAUCCAGCUCAAGAUCUCCGAGAUGGCCUGCAAGCUCGAGGCCGCGCGCCUCCUCACGUGGCGCGCGGCCUCGCGCAAGGACGCGGGCCUCGCCUACACCAAGGACGCGGCCAUGGCCAAGCUCUGCGCGUCCGAGGCCGCGACCUUCGCCGCCCACCAGGCCAUCCAGGUCCUCGGGGGCAUGGGCUACGUCUCCGACAUGCCCGCGGAGCGCUUCUACCGCGACGCGCGCAUCACGGAGAUCUACGAGGGCACGUCCGAGGUCCAGCACGUCGUCAUCGCCCUCAACGUCCUCAAGGCCUACGCCGGCGAGGCGACGGCGCUCCCCGCCGCGCCGCACAAGCCCGAGCACGAGGACGUCGCCGCCGCGGCCUAGCCCGCGGCCGCCCCGCGUAACCGGCCCG